AUGGAGAAUAAUACGGACGUGUCCGUUCAUAAUUUCCUGGAGCGGAUGCGAAAUCCUUCUGCCGGCGAUUUCGUUAAAUCCAUCAAAAGUUUCAUCGGUUCAUUCUCGAACAAUGCGCCAGACGCGGAAAAAGAUUGUGCUGCAGUUCAGGACUUCUUUGCCAAGAUGGAAGCUGCUUUCAGGGCUCAUCCACUUUGGUCCGGUUGUUCCGAGGAGGAAUUGGACAGUGCGGGAGAUGGCCUGGAAAAGUACGUCAUGACAAAGCUAUUUACCAGGGUAUUUGCGUCAAACACCGAAGAUGUUAUAGCUGAUGAGAAACUCUUCCAGAAGAUGUCGUUGGUUCAACAAUUCAUUGCUCCUGAAAGUUUGGAUAUACAACCAACUUUUCAAAACGAAACUUCAUGGCUGCUAGCUCAGAAAGAGCUCCAGAAGAUAAACAUGUACAAAGCUCCUCGUGAUAAGCUUGUCUGUGUCCUUAACUGCUGCAAAGUGAUAAAUAACUUACUGCUGAAUGCUUCCAUUGCUUCAAAUGAGAAUACACCUGGAGCGGACGAAUUUCUUCCUGUUUUGAUUUAUGUUACAAUAAAGGCUAACCCUCCACAACUUCACUCAAACUUGUUGUAUAUACAAAGAUAUAGGCGUGAAUCGAAACUUGUUGGUGAAGCUGCCUACUUCUUCACAAACAUACUCUCUGCAGAGUCUUUCAUCUCAAAUAUCGAUGCAAAGUCCCUUUCAAUGGAUGAAGCUGAGUUUGAAAAGAACAUGGAGUCUGCACGGGCACGGAUUUCUGGUCUGGGCAGCCAAACUGGUCACGGCACUGCACCACCCCCUCGUGAUGAGUCCACUGCUCAUAAAGCUCAAGUGUUGAAUCCCAAGAAGGAUAACAACACUCUUUUCCAAUCAAAAUCGUCUGAUAGUCUCUCUGGGACGAAUGAAACAGUGACUCCGAAGAGUGAAACACCAGUGAAGAAAGUUGAAUCCGUUUCGGAUUUAGAACAUAAGGGUGUUGCCACGCUUAUGAAGGAUACUGAGGCAAGUAAGAUCUUUCAAGAAUAUCCAUACAUAUUUGCAAGUAGUGGUGAUUUGAGGAUAGGAGAUGUUGAAGGCUUGUUAAACAGUUAUAAACAGCUCGUUUUCAAAUAUGUGUGCCUUUCCAAAGGCUUGGGUGAUGCAAAUGCAGCAUCUGUAGCUCCAUCCGGUUCACCCUUGCAAGAAUCUUCCGGUUUGGUUACGUCUAAAGAAUCUGAGGAUCAUACCACAUCAUCGUCUUCAGAUGUUCAAAUGGAAAGGGAAACUGACAGGAGCGUCGAUGAUUUGAUCCGAGCUCUACAGGGUGAAGGGGGAGAUGUGAAACAAGAAGAAUAUGGCUCAGUUUUGGUUAAAGGAAAGGAUGAAGAAGCUGAUCUCAAAGUGCAAGGAGAAGUAGAUGCUAAAGACAUCGAGUUGAUGAAGCAAAGUCCAGAGAGAGAACCUGUAGAAGAUAAAGAUGUUGAUUCUAAACAUCCAGUUGCAGAUUCUAAAGGUUCAGAAUGA